AUGGCUUCAAUUGUCACCGAAGUCUUUUACGGAAAGGCCGUAACCUAUACUGCCUUCUCCUUCUUUACCCUCUACUUGUACGACUAUGCGCUCACACUGAACGACGAGAUGGAAUUAUUCUGGACUCAUGGUGGUAGCUGGGUGCUCCAGACAGCAUUUAUAACGUCUCGAUACUUGCCCGCAGCUGGUCUCCUCGCAGGAGUCCUUGCCCUCAAUCCUUCCGGGCUCACUCUUGAUGACAUAUCUUGCCGCGGGCUGAUGGCGGGCAACAUCAUCUGCCAAUCAACGAUGUCUGUUUGUUCCACUGGGCUGAUAUGCCUUCGGAUUCUCACCAUCUUUCAACAUAAUCCACGAAUCAAGAUUACUCUCCACAUUUCAUUUUGGCUCGGUGCGAUAUCAAUCUUCUACUUCACGGGCCAUGCUUUAUAUUACCUACUCCCCAAGGUAGUGUUCGCCUUCGACACCUGUGCGAUAAUAGUGCCGCCACCACCCUUCACCAAUAUCAUCAUCGCUCUGGCUUACAUGUCUGGGUUACCAUGCGAGGCAGUAAUCAUUGGUGCUACGUGGUAUCACGCAUACGCAACCAAGGAUCUACGAUUAUCAGCAUGGGAUAGUAUCUCUUGGCCGAUACUCAGCCGCAUGUAUAAAGACGGUAUGAUGUUCUUUGUGAUCUCAUUGGCACUUCGGUCUACCGGCUGCUUGAAUCAUCUUCUCGUCGCAGAAAACAUCAAGCGCGUCGUGGAUUUCGUAGUAUUGGGCCUCACCACUGUCGUUGCGACUCGCUUCUUCUUCUCAUUGAGACGUUCCAUUGUCAAGUCAAUAGAGGGUAAUGGGGUGGUCGCAGACGGGUUCGGGGGCACAAUUCAGGUCCAAACAAACCACGAAAUAUCGCUUUCGCGAAUGCGAAGGCGUACGACGAAUUGGACGAUGGACACACGGGAUUUCCCAUCAACCACGAGAUAA